CUCUCUUGUCCCUUCCUAGCUAUCUGCCGCGAUUCAUAUCGCAGUCCUAUUCACGUCUCUUGCGCGUAGACCGUAUUUGUUGCUUUUGCAAGAUAGACCCAAGACCAAUAAAAGUCAACUGAACGCGAUACUUUUUCCAUCUCAUUUCCAACAAGUUCUUUUCCCUCUAUCCCAACAAAAAGGUCAAUAUCUUCGUCAGGAAUCAUGUCCUACGGUGGAGGCUACGGUUCCUCGCGAGACCACUAUGGUGGUGGAGGCGGCGGCGGUUACUCUAGAGGCGGUGGCUACGGAGGUGGUAACUACGGAAAUAGCAACGGUUACUCGCACGGGCACUCCAGCGGUGGUUAUGGCUCAUACGGAGGAGCUGGCGGCUACGGCGGUGGCACUGGGGGUGACAGAAUGUCAAACCUUGGCGCCGGCUUGAAGACGCAAAAUUGGGACCUCUCAACUAUGCCCAAAUUUGAAAAAUCGUUCUACAAAGAACACCCUAAUGUUUCGCAGCGAUCGACUCAGGAGGUCGAUGCGUUUCGCAAAGAGCAUGAAAUCACGGUGCAAGGCAAAAACGUUCCUCGACCAGUGGAGACUUUUGAUGAAGCUGGCUUCCCGCAAUACGUUAUGUCAGAGGUCAAAGCCCAAGGAUUUGCGAGGCCCACGGCCAUUCAGGCCCAAGGGUGGCCCAUGGCCCUCUCUGGUCGUGACGUGGUUGGUAUUGCCGAAACUGGAUCCGGAAAGACUUUGACGUAUUGUUUGCCUGCUAUUGUUCACAUUAACGCUCAGCCUCUGCUCGCUCCAGGAGACGGCCCCAUCGUCCUUGUUCUUGCACCUACUCGUGAGUUGGCAGUUCAGAUCCAAGCUGAGAUUACGAAAUUUGGGAAAUCAUCUCGUAUUCGGAACACUUGUGUAUACGGCGGUGUCCCCAAAGGGCCUCAAAUUCGUGACUUGACUCGUGGUGUCGAAGUCUGUAUCGCUACUCCAGGCCGGUUGAUCGACAUGUUGGAGGCGGGAAAAACUAACCUACGACGUGUUACUUACCUUGUCCUCGAUGAAGCAGAUCGUAUGCUUGACAUGGGUUUCGAACCCCAGAUCCGCAAAAUUGUUUCACAAAUUCGUCCUGACCGACAAACUUGCAUGUGGUCUGCUACCUGGCCCAAAGAUGUCCGGCAACUCGCCCAGGACUUCCUCCACGACUAUAUUCAGGUCAAUAUUGGCUCUAUGGAUUUGUCUGCUAACCACAGGAUUACUCAAAUCGUGGAAAUUGUUUCAGAAUUCGAGAAACGUGAUCGCAUGGCGAAGCAUCUUGACCGUAUUAUGGAGGACAAUAAACAUUCCAAAGUCCUCAUUUUCACUGGAACUAAACGUGUUGCUGAUGACAUCACUCGAUUCCUCCGGCAGGAUGGAUGGCCUGCGCUUUCUAUCCACGGCGACAAACAACAAAAUGAACGUGAUUGGGUCUUGAACGAAUUCAAGACCGGAAAAAGCCCCAUCAUGGUUGCCACCGAUGUGGCUUCCCGUGGUAUUGAUGUUCGCGAUAUUACUCAUGUGUUGAACUAUGACUAUCCGAAUAAUUCGGAAGAUUAUGUUCACAGAAUCGGCCGGACAGGUCGUGCUGGUGCCAAGGGGACUGCAAUUACCCUGUUCACCACUGACAAUGCUAAGCAGGCUCGUGAUCUGGUUGCUAUUCUCUCUGAAUCUAAACAGCAGAUCGAUCCUCGCCUUGCCGAAAUGGCCCGCUACGGCAGUGGCGGCGGCGGCGGUAACCGAUGGGGUGGUCGUGGCCGCGGUCGCGGUGGCUUCACCGCUUCAAAUGCCGCACCUUUGGGCAAUAAUCGCCGCUGGUAAGGCCAUAAUAACUCUUGAUAUGCAGCCGCAUCAAGCCAUCGUAUCGUAGUAGACCUUGUCCAGCUCCCCCGUCCUCGAGACAAAUGGGGAUAUCUCUCUCCGAUAUCGACAUCGAUACCUUCCUGCUCUUCUCUUUGCUAGAGAUAUUUAUACUCAUCAUGACGGCGUUUCUUUCAUGAUAUUGAUAGACCUCGCGUUUCGAACUGGCUACCAUGCCACGGACGACGCUUUUUUUUUUUAAAUUUCUUUUUCGCGUCUUCUUAUCCUACUUCAUUCCCAGUUGCAUAACUUCCUGUGUAUUUUUCCCCCUUCGCGCUUCCAGAGGAUGAAAAUGGGGCUACGCAACUUUUAUGCGUGCCUAUGUCUCUGGCGAAAAUUGAUUUUAGACUCGACUUUCCUUUUUUCUUAUUUUUUUCUGCUCCCUACCGCCUUUAAUACUUUUGUCUCCGAUUGCCAUCAAUUUUGUUAUUUCGAUACGUUAUUAUUGCUUUACAUUGCUUCGGCGAUGAGCAACAGUAGUAACUCUCACACGGGCCUAGGUUUGUAGCAUGACCGACGUUUUUUUAAAAAUGGCUCGGUUAUUGAUUAGUUUGUUUACUUGCUUGGUUGCUCUUCCAUACAGAGGUUAUAAAUAAGUAUUGCCGUUGUGAUUUUUAAGUGUGCCUGAAAUUGGACUCCUGCUUGCUUCUCUUUCACUACUAUUUAUUAUCUAGUUGUCUAUAUGUUCACACAAAACAGGUUUUGAUCAGAGGC